UAUACAGACAAAAUUAAUAUCUCAGACCAGAAACCCUCGAAAAAAGUCGGAAAGGGAGAGGUGACCUGAUAGGUUCAUAUGCCUAAAUCCCAACUGUAUCCAUCGUUUUUCACACCAUUCCUCUUUCUCUUCUGUUGCUUCAAGCUCCUCCAACCGUGAUAAUGAUGCUGCCGAAUGAGGAGGAAUCUUCAAAGAUAACCAUUGAUGACUUUGGAAGCUCAAGGCUAUUGCACGAUAUAGAAGAAAUAAGCAAAGCCCUAUAUCUACACGACCCACCAAAGCCUUCAAUAGAUCAAACCCCAAGAAAAUCAAAGUAUGUAAACGACAAUGUCUUAUCAAAUCAGAAGAAAUCUUCUAUAUGGAAAUGGAAGCCUUUAAAAGCCCUAACUCAUAUUCGAAAUCAUAGAUUAACUUCUUCUUUCUUUCUCCAUGUCCAUUCCAUAGAAGGAUUGCCAAUAAACUUCAAUGAUCUUAGCUUAUGUGUUUGUUGGAAAAGAAAACACGAGGUUUUAAAAACUCGUUCGAUACAUGUUAAAGAAGGUUUUGCAGGGUUUGAAGAGACAUUGAGUCAUCAAUGCUCGAUAUAUAUAGGUAAAACCGAUCAUGAUAAUGUAGCUAAAUAUGAACCUAAGCUUUCUUUACUCUAUGUUUCAGUAGUUGGGGCUCCAAGUUUAGAUCUUGGGAAGCAUUGGAUCGAUCUAACAAGGUUGCUUCCACUAACUUUAAUGGAGUUAGAAGAAGAAAAGAACCGAAAUGGAAAGUGGAAAACGAGUUUUAAGCUUAUGGGUAAGGCAAAAGGCGCGAUAAUAAAUGUUAGUUUUGGGUUUUCUUUAUCUGGGAAUCUUGGAAAGAUUCCCGAUAAAGGAAACGGGAAUCUUGGAAUGAUUCCGUAUAAAGGAAGUGAGAAUCUUGGUAAGAUUCAAGAUAGAGGAAAUGGGGCGAGUUAUAAUGGAAUGCUUCAAAGGGUCAAAAGCAUUCCUAGUAACUCGAGGCGUAGGACCCACGCAUCAAGUUUAUCUUUCAAUAUGACAUCUGGGCCAUCGAUUUCUUUACUUUAUGACUUACUUGAUGAUCCGAAACCGAGUUCUUUAAUUGAUUAUGAUGAGGAGUUUACAUUCAUUGAUAAAGGUGUUGAAUUUGCUCAAAAAGAUCAAGAUAAUGUUGAAUUUGUUGAGAAUUCUUGUAUAGAGACAAUUGAUGUUGAGGAAUUAUUUGCUGUUGAUGAAGAUAACGAUAAAGUAAUCGGUAAUUUGGAAACCGAGACUUUUCUUGAUGAAAAUCUUGAUGAUAAUCUUGAAGAACUCGAAUUAUUUUUGCAAAAUCUCUCAACAGAAUCACCCGAAUUGGAUUUUUCAUUUCAAAAAAACCCAUUUCUUGAAGACAAUUCAAGAAGUGAAAUUGUUCGAUCACGUAGCUUAGACGACUUAACAAAAACCGUCGUUAACGAUUUCAUGAACUUUCUUGGUUCCGAUAGUGAGCCGGAGUCUCCAAGAGAGCGUCUUUUGCGACAGUUUGAGAAAGAAACUCAAAUUGUCGUUAAAAACUUUGACUUUGAUCUCGAUGUUGAAGAAGAGGAAAGAGACACUUCCAAUGUUUUCAAUUCAUCUUUUCUAUUUCAAGAAAUUGAUGAAGUGGAAGUCGUGGGGCCCAGGGUGGGGGAGUCUUUGAUAAGUAGAAGGAAAGCUAAAAUGCUUGAGAACUUAGAAACCGAAGCUUUAAUGGAGGAAUGGGGGUUAAACGAGAGGGCAUUUCAAAAUUCUCCAAGAACGAAUUCGGGUGCGUUUGGAAGUCCGGUUUAUUGUUCGCCGGAAAGGCUGCCGGAGUUGCCGCCUAUUGGUGGUGGUUUGGGUUCGUUUUUGAAGAUGGGAAAUGGUGGUUUUUUGAGAUCUAUGAGUCCUUUGGUUUUUAGAAGAGCUAAAAAUGGUGAGAGAUUGAUUGUGCAAGUUUCUAGCUCAGUUGUGUUGCCUAUGGCAAUGGGGUCUAAUGGUUUGGAUAUAAUGCGGAAAUGGGCGGCAGUUGGUGGUGAAAAGAUGAUCAUCCAGGCUGCUCGUUUGAUGCCCAUGGAAGAGAUUACAGGGAGGAGAUUGCAAGAAUUGGAAAUGGAGGUGCUUGAGAGGAGGCAUGAAUUACUUCCCGAAUCAGAUCUCAUUUGCCACGAGAUCAAUUCAGAAUAUGUUUCAGUGGACGAAAUUGCCCCUUCCGCAAUCGAAAAGAUUCAACACCUCUUAAUCGAAGGAUUAAGAAUCCAAUCCGGUAUCCCAACCGAAGAACCUCCCUCGAGCAUCUCUGUCAACUCGGAUUCAACAAGCAAUCCCGACAUCGAAGAACUAUUAGCCAUGUCUGUAUCAUUGGACGAGUGUAAAAGGUCGGAAAAUCAUGGGCAUUUUAGUAAUUUCACGUUAGCAUUAUGGUUAUUACUCAGAGACCCGUUCCGAGACUACGAACCCGUUGGCAUUCCAAUGUUUGCAUUAAUUCAUGUUGAGCGGGAUCACACCGAAACCACAAUCAAACCCGUGUUUAAAAUUAAUGAGAUUCAUGUCACGGGGUUUAGAGUUGACCUUCAAAAGAACCAAUCGGGGUCCAGGUGGUUGCAUUCUAGUGGGAUGAAUGGAAAGAUGAAAAGACAUCAAUUUUCCAAAUCAAAUGCUUUAGUGAAAUCGUCUAUAAGAUCUAUGAACAUGAAGCAUGAAGAAACAUUGUGGAGUGUUUCUUCUUAUGUUCAUGGUGAAGUUUCUAAGUGGAAAGAAUUGUCGGGAAUGAGUUUAUACGUAAGGAACCCUGAUAUCGUAUUUAAAUGAGAAAUAGUAACAUAUUUUCAUGUGAAUUUUGUGGUAUAAUGAAGGUAGAUAUGAUAUUUGUUUCUUGAGAUAUAUAGGUAUGUAUGAUUAAAAAGGUUAAAUACAAGAAAUAGCGACCUAUUUUUGUUGA